AUGGAAGAGGAGGACUAUGGCGAUAUUGCAGAUGAGGAUUUUAUUGAAGCCAUCAGCCAACCAUCUCAACCUCUGCUGUCGAAUUUACUCUCCCCACAUCGAAGAAAGCGACGAAGGGUCAGCGAAACAUCAGAUGAUGAAGUAUUGAUUGGGCCUCGGUGCCAUUCUCGACAGUCGGUAGAUGCAAUUGAGUCUGGAGAUAGGGAAGGUGAGAAUGGAAAGUCAGCGAAGAAGCAGAAGAAACUCAGAAUCCACGAAGGCGUCGAACCAGUACCGGCAGCCCGAAUUCUUGGGGCCACACAAGCAGAGGCUUUCCCCAACUCCAGCCCCGCAUAUCAGAUUAGAGGUGCCAUCUACAGAAAACCGCGACCAGAAGUAUCCAAGCCGCCAACCUUCACCGCUGCUCGUCAAAAUGCUGCUGCAAAGCCCAACAUUCUUCAGAGGCUGACUGGCAACAUUUCGGGUCCGAAGACCAAUGAUCCAGCUAGAGAACUGGAUGAUCUCCCUGAUGACGCCUUCUCUUCUCCAGAAAAUAGCCCUGGAAGCAAAGAGCCUAUCACGAUUGGAUCGUCUCCAAUACGCAAUUCUCAAGCCAGUUCAUUUCCACGACAGCGCCUAGUAGCCCCGCAAACUGGUCUCCGACAAACCACUCUUUUCGGCGGUCGCGCACAAGAAGAGCAGGUGCCAGCAUCGCAAAUUAACAAAGUGCAUAAUUUCAUCGUAGAUCUGCCUCCAGAAGAACCCACCCAUCACAAGCUCGACGACGAUGCUCUCAAAACCUGGGUCUACCCAAUCAAUCUCGGUGCGAUCCGUGACUAUCAAUACAGCAUUGUUAGGAAUGGGCUGUUCAACAAUCUCCUCGUUGCUCUUCCCACCGGUCUAGGGAAGACAUUUAUCGCUGCCACGAUUAUGCUUAAUUACUUUCGAUGGACUACAGAGGCUCAGAUCGUAUUCGUUGCUCCAACAAAACCGCUCGUGGCCCAACAAGCCGAAGCGUGCUUUAAUAUUGUCGGCAUACCAAAGUCUCAAACCACGAUGCUUACGGGUGAGCAACAACCGGCUUUGCGAGCUGAUGAAUGGGCUGAGAAGCGAGUAUUCUUUAUGACCCCUCAGACGCUUCAAAAUGAUCUGUCAAGUGGUAUUGCUGAUCCAAAGAAUAUUGUGCUUCUUGUUGUUGACGAAGCACAUCGGGCAACUGGUAACUACGCCUACGUAAAUGUGGUCAAGUUUAUGCGUCGCUUCAACAAGAGCUUUCGCGUCCUGGCGCUGACAGCUACUCCUGGUGCAAGCGUUGAAGCGGUCCAAGAGGUAGUCGAUGGGCUGGAGAUUUCCAAGGUUGAGAUUCGCACUGAGGAGUCUAUGGAUAUCCAGCAAUACGUCCAUAGUCGAAAUAUUGACCAAGUCCUUCUCGACCCGUCAGAUGAGAUGGCCCUAGUGCAGGAGCAUUACUCGAAAGCACUUCAACCAUUGGUAAAUCUACUGUGUGCUCAGAACGCCUACUGGAAAAAGGACCCGAUGUCACUUACUGCAUUUGGCAUGGUGACUGCUAGGAAGCAGUGGAUGGGAUCCAAUGCAGGAAAGACGGCUAGUUUUGGCCUGAAAGGCAUGAUGAAUGCACUAUUCACUAUUCUUUCCAGUGUAGCUCACGGUAUAAAAUUACUAAACUUUCAUGGUAUUGGACCGUUCUAUUCCGCAGUUAAGGACCUUCGAGAAGCUGUUGAGGAUGGCAACAAAGGUGGAAAAUAUCGAAAGCAAAUCGUUGAGCAUCCAGAAUUUAAAAAGAUGAUGGAUAGAAUAGGAUCGUGGAUCGGUAAUGAUACUUUUGUUGGUCACCCCAAGCUUACCUUUCUUUGCGAUGCCGUUUUGAACCACUUCAUGGAUGCCGGUGAGGGACGACUAGGAGAAGAUUCCCCUCCAUCAGCCACUCGGAUUAUCGUAUUUGCAGAGUACCGGGACAGCGCGGAAGAAAUCUGUCGUGUCCUGCAUAGACAUAGGCCUAUGGUUCGGGCCUCAGUCUUUGUUGGUCAAGCUGAUUCGAAGCGCUCUGAAGGCAUGAACCAAGCAAAGCAGCUUGAGACAAUCAGUAACUUCAAGAGUGGAAAGAUCAAUGUCAUUGUCGCAACAUCUAUCGGCGAGGAAGGCUUAGACAUUGGUCAGGUCGAUCUCAUCAUCUGUUAUGAUGCUUCUGCAUCUCCUAUUCGCAUGCUCCAGCGCAUGGGACGAACGGGAAGAAAGCGAGCUGGACAUAUUGUGCUGCUCUUGAUGCGUGGCAAGGAGGAGGAUUCAUUCAUUAAGGCGAAGGACAACUACGAGCAAAUGCAAAAGAUGAUCAGCUCCGGGGCACGGUUCACUUUUCGACAUGAUCUUUCCGUUCGGAUCAUUCCGAAAUCUAUUACACCGAGUGUUGAUAAAAGAAUGAUAGAAAUUCCUAUUGAAAACACCCAGGGCCCAGCGCUGCCUGUGCCAACAAGAGGACGACCCAGCAAGGCACGAAAGAAGCCUCCUAAGAAGUUUCAUAUGCCAGACGAUGUCGAGACUGGCUUUCGGAAAGCUUCAAAGUUAGCUGGUGGUGGCUCCACUAGUUCCAAACCUGGUGUAGCUAUCAAGAGCACAGCGGUACAAAAAGGUCAAAUGGCUCCUGUGCUUCCAUCGGAUUCGGUCCUACUAAGCAAAGCAGACAUAAAAGAUCUUGAAAAGAGAUAUCAGAACAUCGCAGGGGAUGAUCUACAGGAAGUAACGAUGCCUGAUUUAACAUCUCACCCUAUUGUGCAACGAUCAUUGACUCGGAGCGUCAAAGUCCCACAUGGUGAAUACACCAAGAGAUGUGUAGAGCUCUUCAAGAUCUUGGCAGCAUCUCGAGACACGGAAAACCGUUUCAAAAAGCCUUAUGGUGAUCGAGAAUCUUCGCUUGCAUACUUGGAUUUGCCUUCUCUUGUUGAUGAUGACAAGAAAACUUCUCUGGUCUUUUCCGAUAUUGAGAGCGGCGAAGAACAGAGCAGCCUGCCCGAGCAGCAUCAUUCAAAUUUCAGAGCGCCGGCGCCUACGUUUGGAGAUGAAACUGAAGGAGAAGGUGACGAUCUUGCCAACAGCGAAGGGGCAUCAGAAGAUAGUGAGAUGGAACCCUCGUCAAGUCUCCUCGAUUUCAUUGCCGAGGACGACGAUAGUAGAUCCCCCCCAGCUGUAUCGCCAAGACGCAAGCCAUCCGCCGAGCGGGCAAUAUACGAACUGGAUUCAGAUGAUGACAGCUUGCCAGAUAUUCCGGAUCUCAUAAGUAAGAAGCCGAAGCCGGUCUCUCGAGCUAAGAGUAGAAGGGUCGUAGAAGAUGACAGCGACGAAUGA